AGGCGCGCGACCGUGUCAUGCACGCCAUGGCUCAGAUGGGCUUGCAGCGUGAGGCAGAUCGGAGACCACCUCCCACGGAGACCGCCGCCAAGAGAACUGAUCCAUCUGAGUUCCCAGAGCCCAUCAAACCUCACAAGCAGGCUCCCCCGACGGCUUCGCUUGAAAAAGCGCCUCCAGAACCCAUCAAAAACCCUCCAGAACCUGUGAAGGCAGACAAGCCAGGCAAGGGGGUUGGGGAGGACCCAGAAGAAGUGGCGCUGUUUGGCUCCGCGAUCUAUGACUCGCCAGUCUACAGCGAAGAAGAAAUCUUCGGUUCUCCUCAGGAAAUGGAUGAUGAAGAUCCAUCGAAACCAGGAACUGCCAAAGAGGCGGAGACUCUGCCGUACGAUGACAUGGCUGCUACACAGCCGUAUGCUUCGCAGGAGAGCCAAGAUUCCCAGAAAGGAAUGGAUGCUACCCAGGCGUACCAGGACGAGCCUUUGCUGAAACGCCGACGAUUGUCAGGAGACGAAAUGCUACCAUGAAUCCAAAA